UAGAAAUUUGCCCAUCUGACUGUCAACACUGUGCUUUGGGCUGAGGCCACCUACUUCAUUCUGCUGCAUAGUGGUAUCUUUCAACUCACUCACUUGUAAUAGAGGUCGCCGUCAGCACUCGAUACCCGUACCGAUCCCUCCAUCCCGAUGCCAGUAUGAAGCGCAAGCCGACCACGCCACUACCAUAGAAUUCCCAACUAACAUGGCUAACUACGGUUCACCUUAUGGCAGUGGUACCGGCCAGCCGUACCAAGACCCGAGAUUUCAGGAUCCCAGAGCGCAACAGCACCCUCCUAAUCUUCCUCCAUCCGUCAGCCCACAACCAGGAUACCAACAGUACGGCGUGCCCGCUCCGCAACAGCAACCAUAUCCCGGGCAAUUUGGGGGACAAAAUCUACAACAACAAGAUAGCGUCAAUGGUCUAGCUGGCCAGUUUGGUGGCUUGGACGUGUCUGGCGUCCCUGCACGGUCCCAUAGGAAGAAAGAGAGACACGCGUAUCAUGAUAUUGCACCAGCCGCAGGUACUCCUCCUCCAGCAGGAAUUCCCCAAGCUGGAGGGUUUGGAGCACCUCAGUUGCACAACAAUGGACAGGUCGGGGUUGGUUCUGUGACCGGUCAGCCUGGCCAGACAGUCAUGAAUCCUGGGGACAAGCUGCGCAUGGGGGAAGAGGCCGUUACUACACAAGGUCGCGUAGACCCUGAACAAAUACCGAGCGUGGCACGAUCCCGAGAUCUGGCGAUCCAGUUCUAUCAGACGAAUGUGUUUCCCACGAUGGAAAAGCAUCUUCCACCUCCUGCGGCAGUAACCUUCACAGCGCAUGAUCAAGGCAAUGCAUCGCCCAAAUUUGCACGGCUCACUGUUAACAACAUUCCAUCAUCAGCCGAAGCUUUGGCAUCAACAGGUUUGCCGCUUGGACUUGUUUUACAACCCUUCGCCUCUCUACAGGAGGGAGAACAGCCAGUUCCUGUUCUAGACUUCGGCGAGAUUGGGCCUCCACGUUGUCGUCGGUGCAGAACCUAUGUGAACCCAUUCAUGACAUUCAGAUCUGGAGGAAGUAAAAUGGUCUGCAAUAUGUGCAACUUUCCGAACGAUGUGCCGCCGGAAUAUUUUGCCCCAACAGAUGUAGCGGGUAUCAGAGUUGAUCGCAUGCAAAGACCUGAGCUUAUGAUGGGCACCGUGGAGUAUCUGGUGCCGAAAGAAUAUUAUACGAAGGAACCUGAACCAUUGCGAUGGCUGUUCAUGCUCGACAUCACACAGGAAGCCAUUAACAAAGGUUUCCUAGCCUCAGUAUGCCAAGGUAUUUUGGAUGCACUCUAUGGUCAUGAAAGAGAAGACUUGACAGAAGACGAUGCAGCACCCCAAAGCCUCCCUGCAGGCAGUAAGAUUGGGAUAGUCACGUAUGACAAAGAGGUUCAGUUCUACAAUCUGACAACUGGUCUGGCGACUGCUCAGAUGAUGGUGAUGACAGAUCUGGAAGACCCGUUUGUGCCCCUUUCUGAGGGUCUGUUUGUUGAUCCCCAGGAAUCGAAAGAUGUUAUCACCUCGCUACUCCAAUCAAUCCCCAAUAUGUUCUCGACGAUCAAAAACCCGGAACCGGCCUUGUUACCUGCCUUGAAUGCGGCAUUGGCCGCAAUGACUUCGACGGGUGGAAAGGUCGUCUGCUCCCUCUCAACACUGCCUACAUGGGGACCAGGAAGAUUACACUUGCGUGAUGAUGGCAAAGGCCGAGACACGGAUGCUGAGAGAAAGCUGUUCACAACUGAACACCCAGGCUGGAAAAAGACCGCUAGCGCCAUGGUGACUGCCGGUAUUGGAGUUGAUUUCUUCCUGGCUGCAGCUGGGGGCGGCUACAUGGAUGUCGCGACCAUCGGUCACCUGUCACGCUUGACUGGCGGAGAGAUGUUCUUUUAUCCCAAUUUCAUCUCACCAAGAGACAACCUCAAACUCGAGACUGAGAUCAAGCAUUCAGUGCACCGUGAGACAGGCUAUCAAGUACUAAUGAAGGUCCGAUGUUCCAAUGGGUUACAAGUCUCAUCUUACUAUGGGUCAUUCCUGCAGCAUACCUUUGGCGCUGACUUGGAGAUCGGUACCAUAGAUGCCGACAAGGCCAUUGGAGUUUUAUUUUCUUACGAUGGGAAGCUGGAUUCCAAAUUGGAUGCACACUUUCAGGCAGCCCUCUUGUAUACUUCAGCCUCGGGUCAAAGAAGAGUCCGGUGUAUUAAUGUGGUUGCCGGCGUGAACGACGGAGCAACUGAAACAAUGCGAACUGUCGACCAGGACGCUGUGGUGAACAUCAUCGCCAAAGAAGCGUCCGCGAAGGUGCCAGAGAAGUCUCUCAAAGAUAUUCGCGCUGGUAUUACAGAGAAAACCAUUGACAUUCUGGCUGGGUAUCGCAAGAACUUUUCAGGCUCACAUCCGCCGGGCCAAUUGGUGUUACCUGAGCAUCUCAAGGAGUUCGCCAUGUACACCCUUGGCCUGAUCAAAAGUAGGGCUUUUAAAGGUGGUGUCGAGCCGACAGAUCGCCGCGUGCAUUCGGCACGGUUCAUGAGAUCUUCUGGGGUGACAGAGACGGCAUUAUAUCUUUACCCACGGAUCUAUGCUCUACACAACCUGGCUCCAGAAGAUUGUUUCGCCAACGCAGAGACUGGGCAAUUAGUCGUUCCACCAACAGUCCGGGCCUCGUUCGCCCGCGUAGAGGAGGGUGGCGUGUAUUUGGUUGACAACGGCCAAAUUGUGCUGAUUUGGCUGCAUGCGCAGGUAUCGCCCAAUUUUCUGGAAGACCUUUUCGGCGAAGAGAGGACGAGUCUAGAUGUUCUCGACCCCAUGACCAACGAGUUGCCUGUUCUGGAGACUCACCUCAACGCCCAGGUACGCAAUCUGCUCCAAUAUAUUUCGACCGUACGAGGCAGCAAAGCUGCAUCUUUCACUCUGGCUCGGCAGGGACUCGAUGGGUCAGAGUUUGAGUACGCUCGAAUGUUGGUGGAAGACCGGAACAACGAGGCGCAGAGCUAUGUCGACUGGCUAGUGCAUGUGCAUCGAGCUAUUCAAAUGGAAUUGAGCGGCCAGAGAAAGAAAGAGGAGACGGGGGACAAUGAAGGCAUUUUAAAUAGCUUGACGGGAUUGAAGGCACCCUACUGGACAUGAUGACCCCAACAAUGAUGAGACAAAGACAUGAGGAACGUCGUCCUCGAGUACAUAAGAGGUCGUAAAAGUCUUGUAGUUACAGACCGUAUGAGAUACUCAACACCAUUGCAGGGUCUAUAACAGAGAGUUUAUGAGCACGGUCUGUCUACAGUCAAAGGGCAAACCCCAACCCCA